AUGGAUAUUAGGACAAAAAAUGAAAGACCAGUGACAUUGUUUAAUCAAAAAAAGACAAAACAACCUUCUAUAUCAUUACCACGAAAUUCUAUUGUAGAUACUCCAUUAAAUAAUGGAUUAAGACAACCACAACUAAGAAGAACAUCAGUGUUUAUGUCUACCCCUUUAACUGCAUUGUCUGAUGGACCAAGUCAAAUGAAUAAUCAACGUUCUAUUAUUAUUAAAAAUGCACCAUUAUCUGAAAUGGGUAAAAUUAUUGAAGAGGCAAAAAAAAAUGGUAAGAUAGAAGCAGUAAAUCAAACUAAUAAUGGGGAUAUAAAAAUUGUUUAUUCUUCUGUUAAUGAUGCCCAUAAAAUGAUCUCUAAUGGUUUAAUGUCAGCAAAUGGAAAACAAUAUUUAGUAAACGGUAUUAAUCAAUUUGGAGAAGAAUAUGGCUGUGGUGAUGUUCUCCAACAAUUAGUUAUUCAACCAAGAAAAACAUUUUGGGAUUAUCUACUUCAUUUGGUUGGUCUUAAAUAA